UUGCCGUCAUCCGGCAGCCAGUGGUAGCGGGUGCCACCUUCGCUGGGGAUCAUGCCGGUCAUUGCUGAUGCUACUACCAACGAUGAGCCACCAGCAAAAUGUUGCAAAUAUUGUGAGGAGUCUACGCUCAGCGUGGACGGCGGACCUCCAUCGUGGCGUUUGACACUCGAUCAGGAUCUAAUUGACACGCUCAAGGGCAACUUUCCAAGUUGGUUCCAAAGCACAUCGGCUGCAUCUGCAACUGCAGGCGCAACUGUAGGGUCGGUUGCAGAGAAUAGCGCUGGAAAUUCCAAGCAGCAGCAGCAGCAGCAAUUAGUGGCCAGUGGAAAUAUUAAAAACAACAUAAUACCCAUUAGCAUCGACACAAAAACGUCGCAUCACAAUAUUAACAACAACAACAGCAGCAGCAAUAGCAACAAUAAUACACUCCAAAAACAACAGCAACAACACCAUACGACAAUACUGAACAGCUCGUCUUCAGCGUCGCCGGCGUCGUCAAUAAGCUCGAAUUGUUCUAAGAAGUCCAGCAGUAGCAGCAGCAGUAGCAGUAGUAGUGUCAGCAGUUGCAGCAGCAGCAGCUCCACCUGCUCCUCUACCUCCGCCUGCCAAGCGACGGCGUCCCGUUUUGUCAACAAGUCCACAUCUACUUCGCAAAAUAAAAGUCUUGUCCGUAGUCUGAAAGCAACGCAUAAGACGACGCAUAAUAAUAUUUGCAACAACACUAGCAACAAAGUAGGGCAGCUAGUCAAGUCAGCGUCGCUGCAUAGUCUGAGCAGCGGCAGCAGUGGAAGUGGUAGUGGGGCAUCAUCCUUACUAGCCACCAUCUCCACAUCGCCCAUUACUACGGUCGAGCUUAUUUCUAGUGCCGCCUGUAACGGUUUGCUGGCUACAAGGCUCAGCGGAAAAUCAAUAGAGCACACGUUUCAGGACAUCAUACUGCUGCACGAGGCCUACGACGAUAUGUCUGAGGGUGAACAACGUCUACAUGCUACGUUUUUGGGCAGCAGCGACGAUGGCAAUAAUUCCGAUUUCUAUGAUGCCAGACAAUCGCCACCUAAGGCCAUUGUCGAUUCCAGUCCAUUACAGCCUGCGAUGGAUAAAAACAAAGAGUCGCUCAAAGUAAAGCUCAUGGUGAGGAGGCCUCACUCGCAGCUUGUCGAACAAGGCAUUAUACCAUCGCUGAAAACAUCGCCUGCAAUUCACGAGCAAUGCAAACAACUAGAGCGUGCCAAGACCAGCGAUCUACUUAAGGCAAAGAUCCAACAGCGACCUAAUCGUGAGGAUCUGGAGCGCCUGCAUAUACUUGAGGAGGAUGAGUGUCACAUCGAUCCGAGUCUGGCGGAGAAGCAGCGCAUGCUCAAGAAGGCGCGCCUUGCUGAUCAACUAAACUCACAGAUCCAACAUCGUCCUGGACCGCUGGAGCUCAUUAAGAAAAACAUUUUGCACACAGAGAAGCCCAUCGAAAAAAUUGUGAAAGAGGGACUAGUCUCGUUUAAGGCAACAAGUGAGGGAUUGCUAACGCGUCCACAGCAUCCCAAUAGCUAUGUCACAUUUGAUGAGGACUCACAAAGCUCGGAGAGCGACACCCGGCAGACACCGCCGCGGGUUGAGCAGCUUCUGCCUACCAGUAUGGGCAGUGCCGCUACCCCGGACAUGCUGCAGACUGCUGCCAAUUCAGCGGGCAUUGUGACGAUGGCAGUAAACAUGCCCACAAAUGGCGGUCAGUUGGUAGUUACCUCUCCGCCCUCUUCGCAACUACUGAAGCCGGCUACAACAUUUUCGACGCCUGUGCCACCGCCACCACCACCACCGCCGCCCAUGCCCACACAAUUGCCCACAAACGCCGGCCAAUUGGGCAUAAAAGUUAAGCAGGAGACGGCAAAUCUAUUCGAGGAGCUCUGCCAGAGCGUGGCGGGACACACAGCUAGUCCUAGCGGCGGAUUUUUACCCAUGCUACCCUCACCCUGUUCCCUAGGCUCCACAACUUCAACGCUCAGUCCUUUAUCCUCGAUCGCCUCGCCACCGCAGUCAAUAAACACACGGCUCUAUUCGCCGGCUUUGCAACUGCAACCCAUCUCUGUGAAGUCAGAUGCGCCUGGAAAGGAUAAAAACCGCAAGAAAUCGAAGACGAAGCCUGUGUCCAAGGCACGUACAAUAAAGUUUCACGAGUAUAAAGGGCCUCCCAGUGCUGCAGGUCAAAAGCAGGACAACACACAGCCCGAGGAAACCUCUUAUCAGCUGAUGUUGGAACAGCAAAACUGUUUGCUAAAGUUCCUCGAGAAUCUAAACAAGAAUCAGUCCAUACUGCCAUCGGCCAGCACAGGAUCCAAUUUGCCACCGACCAGCUUAGCAGCAACAACAACUGUGAGCACCAGCGCCAACAGCAUCACAGUGACGACCAAAACCGUGCCGGCCAUAGUUUCUCAAGCGGGAACCACCGUUCCAGCUCCCAUCACUCUGCCUAAUACCAUUUCCAUAACGAGCAGUGCGGGUGGUGCUGCUCCACUGACAUUUGGCGAUGCCUCCAGCAUUGUUGCAACACAACCAGUCGUUUCUGCUGCCCCACUAAUAUCGAUAUCGCAACAGCACCCGCCAGCAUUACCAUCGCCAGCACUGUCUGUGGGCUCAUCCAUACCGCCCAGUCCGGCUACCAGCUAUGCAGAGUCCUCCUCUUCCAUUACAGAUCUGACACGACUGGAAAAGAUGAAAGUAUCAGAUCUGAAACAACAUCUGAAGCGCCGAAAUUUGCCCGUUUCCGGACCCAAGCCACAGUUGAUAGAGCGGCUAAAGCCCUAUUUGCCACUAGAAACCCUGGAAUGCACCACAGUGAUAACAACACCUAACCCGCCACCAGCCACAGAGGUCAUAACCAUCGGUGAUGCUAUGGACACGAGCAGCUGUACGUUGAGCGAGCCACAGCCCGUUGCCAUGAUUGUCGGCGAAUCACCAGUGACGUCGUCUCUCAUGGAGCAUGAGCAAAUGGAUGUGGUUCAGCAACUGGAUCCCACUCAACCAAUGCGACUUCAAACCAUUUUGCCACCACAACCGCAAACGGCAACCAUCAUACUGUCCAAUGAGGAGCUAUUGCGUGAACAGCAGCGCAAGAUUCACGAACUGCAGCGGCAAUUACAACGAUCCCAGCAAGAAUUGCAGCAGAUACGGCAGCGAGAGCAACAGAAUCAACAGCAGCAGCAGCAGCAGACUGUCACGGCGCAGGUGGUGAAUGCACUUCCAUCUCAGCAAAUUACGCUGAUCACGACAACGGGCAAUGGACCCUCGCAAUCCUUGACAGUGCUGCCACAGCUUGAGAAAACAACGGCACUUAUACCGGCCAAGGUCACGCUGAAAACGACAACAACGCCCAAACAAAAUGGGCUUGUUCCUUCGGCCAAUAGCAAGAAACUGCAGAACAACAACCACACAACGAACAACAGUAACAACGGUAAUCACGUCAACAGCAAUCCGUCGCCCAUGAGCCAGAAAAUGGUUGUGAAACAACAUUUGGAGGCUAAGAUACAAAAGCAAAAGGCGGCGGCAGCAGCAGCCGCGGCAGCUCAGGCACAACAACAGCAACAACAGGCACUAGCGCAGCAACAGAAACAAUUGCGCCUCCUAACGCAAAAGACACAAACUGUACUCAUUCCAACAACCACCAGCAACACAUCAAACGCUUCAAAACUGGUCGAAACUAAAUCCACAUCUGCGGGACGACAAUCGAAAAAUUCCAAUAGCAAUCAACAUCAGGCCGCCGCGACAAUAGCUCCCGUUAAUGGGGUAAUAUCUAGCAACAGCAACACUAGCAACACUAGCACCACCACAACCACCGCGACAAUACUCACAAAUCCGUUGCCACUAAGUCAGGUGAAGGCGCCCACGACGACGACAGCCACUAUGCACCACAAUAACUUAGGAUUGGUGUGGAACGAGGGCAAUCAAACUAUCUUCCUGCUUGGUCUCAACGAUCAACACAUGACGGCUCACACCUUGGGAAACAUUAGUCUAACAACAACAACAACGGCGCCAGCAGUCGUGCAAGCAGCUCCGCCCGCGAGCACAAUGCCCGUGAAAAAACUGCUCAAUGGACAUCAGCGCACAAAUUCCCUGCCGAGCAUUACCUUCCCCCUAGACGCCAAACCAUUCAUAACGACCACACAACCACAACUGCAACUGCAUCAAGCGCAGGGGCAGCGUUUCCAACCUCUGCAGCCGGGCCAGCAGUUCAUACAGCUGGACAUAAAGCCCACAAGCUUGGCUGCAGCCGCAGCACCACCGCCGCCACAGUACGAAGAGGCCACCAAACAGUUGGCCGCCACGAAGGCGGCGACAUCAAUGGGCAUGGUGCCACUGGUUAAGAUUAAAGAGGAGCCCGUACCAUUGCCGGCAGUAACAAACACAAGUGCACCACCGCCACCACUUAAAAUUAGUUGCACACAACAUGCAAGCGACAAUAAGCGCAGACCAGCAAAUAUUAAAUCGGAGCAGGUCACCGAUGUGCUGGACAUUUUAAUCAAGCAAGGUGAGCUUCCGGAAACCGUUCUAGAGCCCAUCACGCCGCUUACUCCACUCACGCCCGGUGGUAGCAACACUCUUAUGAGCGAUCUAAGCGUUAAUUCUAUAUUCAGCGCGGCGGGCAAUGUUGGAGCCAUGCCUACUACAGUGGCCGGUGGUGCCAGCAUUGUGCCACUUGUGCCAAAAAUUGAACCACCGCCUACACCACAAUCGAUAGCAACGCUGGACAUAUCCAUGGACACCACACCGCACGCCAGCGAGAAUAUCAGUUACGGUUCUGCCACUCCCGCCACCAACUCAACCACUCUUGUUCAAGGCUAUGCAGAAAACAUUGACAUGGCCUCGCCCCUGCAACCAGAUGCGCACAUCGAUGCCGAGAGUGUGGCGAAGACGCUAGACAUUUUUCUGGAACAGCACCAUCCGACACCACCACCUGCUACACCGCCAAAGUGCAGUGGCGACAAGAUAGCGGGUGGUGCCAGUCCCGAUGCGAAGAUCAAUCAUUUCGAUGAAUACGAGCUGCUGGAACUGAUGUCCCAACAACUUGAGAUGGAUAUUGGCGAUGACUCGAACAACUUUUGCGGUGGUGCUAGUGCGGGAGGUAGCGCGAAAACCACCACUGAACAGCGAAGAGAUCUCAAUCCCCUCCUACAAACCUCGAUUACGGAGCUACUGGACGGGAAUAGCUCUGACAGCGGUCUCUUGAACAACAACCACCAGGCCGAUGUGGACUUCGAUGCCGAGAGCUUUGUGGCACAAUUAACGCAACACACGCUUGCUGGCGGCAAUGGCUCCGCUGUUGGUAGCAACAAUAACAGCAACAGCGAUGGAGGCAGCAAUCAUGGUGGUGGUUAUCAUAACAACAACAGCAACGCCGGCAUAAGCAGCAUGACCACUGAAAACUGUGGUAGCGGUGGUGGUGGUUGCGUUGGAAAUUCCAGCUCCAAUUGUGGACAAUUUAGUGACACACCCAUGGAUGUGUGUGACGAUUUCGAGAACACACUCAACUCAUUCAUGCAGGCGGUGACGCAGCCUCAGGCAUCGCUAGGGGAUUAUGCGUCGGGAUCGGUGGGCAUGACAAACGGGGGGGUGGGCAGCAUGGAGAGUAGCGGUGGCGCCGUAGAUGCUUUUAACUCUGGCGGCGACAUUUUUGAUCUGUUCAAUAUGGAUGACUACAAGAUGUCGUGGGCUGCUGGCGAUUUUACCGUAUAAAAGACGUCCACACAAAUACACACACGCACACGUACACGUACACUAAGCCACAUACACAUACAUAUACACGAGUUAUCAAAGUGGGCAACACUUUUCUCAAAUAUUCCUGAAAAUUCGUUUCGAAAACAAUAAAAAUCCUAUUAAUUUUCUUAAUGCAUUUAAAACAUUUGAACGCAAGUUGAACUCUAUUACAUAAUCCAAAACUCAAACAAAACUGAAAAAAAUAUACUACAUGUAUACAAAAAUAAAAAACAUACAUUAAUAGAAACAAAAACCAGAAUUCUCUGGAGCGUUUGCAAGAUAGCACUUCACUAUAUUUCUGUACCCUUUCCCAUAGCAAAGAAACCCGUAUUCAAAAAGCCCAAAAUAAUAAGAAAAGAGAGAGAACAUAAAUCUCGGUAAAAAGUACACGUUUCUAAUUUAGGUCAUUCCAAUUUGAAAAUAGCGUGAGAGAUGCCGAACUAAAAUAUAUAGAGCAGAGAACGAAAUAGGGAAGUGAGUAUUGAAGUUUGAAUGGAAAGUUCUUGGGUCUAGAUUGAUUGUAUGAUGUGGAAUUGGAAGAGCCUGCUAAAAUGCAAGAAAUCGUUAAGAAUAUAUAUUAAUAUUAUGGGUAAACUAUUGCAGUAAACACAUUCAAUAAUUUUACUCUAAGUUCUAUUUAAAAAAGAAAACAAAAAAAAACUAAAAAAAAAAAAAAAAAAUUAUUUUAGAUUAAGAACAGCAAAAACUUAUGCAUGCACAGAACCCUAAUUUAUGACCUAUUGAAUAGAAACAUUUGAUAAGUAUUUCCUAAAAGGAAAGAAAAAGCCUUUAAAUUAGUCGAAAACAAUUAAAUAAAUAAAAUAAAUAAUUUACGUUAAGCCAAUUAAUAAAACACAUGAAAUCAAUAUUUUUUGAGAAAAUAAAGAGGAUUCCAAUAUUU